AUGUCCAAGUUCGCAUUGCUCUCAGGUCUUCUCACCGUCUUGGCUUCUCCUUCCCUCACACAGGGUCUAGUCCAACUGCCCAACACCUAUCCGAACUUGACAGCUUGCUUGAACCAGCCGUCGUUCUUCUCUUGCGAGAACACAACGGUGAUUGAGAACUCUUGCUGUUCUCCUACUCCCGGUGGCCUUGUUCUCUCCACGCAGUUCUGGGAUACCUACACUGGGCUGGAGGCGCAGGAACAGUUCCUUCCCAAGAAUAGUUGGACUCUGCAUGGUCUCUGGCCUGACAACUGCGACGGCUCGUUCAACCAAUACUGCGACUUCUCCAGGCAAUAUGACCCUGCUCCGUCGCCUGCUGUGCUGCCCAACGGGACAGUCAUUCCUCCGUACAACGGCACAUCUGUUGCCACCUUCAUUGCUGAGUUCGGCCGCUUCGACCUCCUCAACUUCAUGAACAAGUACUGGAUUAAUCAAGGCGCCCCCAAUGAUGUUUUCUGGGCCCACGAAUUUUCCAAACAUGCUACUUGCACAUCUACCUUCGAUGAUGCUUGUUACGGUCCCGAUUACAAGCAGCACCAGGACCUCGUCGAUUUCUACGACGCCGCAAUCCGCGCCUACAAGCAAUACCCGACGUACGACAUGCUGGCGACGUUUGGCAUUAUCCCAUCCAACAAAACAACCUACAAGUUGAGCCAGUUCCAGAACGCGCUUAAGUCCCAGACCGGUGCCAUCCCUUACCUGGGCUGCGGCAACAAUGGGACCGUCCUCGAAGAGGUCUGGUACUUCCAGCACGUCCUUGGUACCGAGCAAUUCGGUCACUACAAAACCCUGGACUCCGUCACUAACUCGACGUGCUCCUCCACUGAGGACAUCCGGUAUUAUGAGCGCACCCCUACUUCGGAGCGGGAUGCCCGGCUCCUCCCUUAA